CACUGCCACCCUGUAACAGACAGUCAGCACGCCACCAUACCAGUCAAGGGCUCGAACGGCAAAUACAACCAUCCUGAUGUCGGCUCAGAAUGGGCCUGCCACCAAAGGGGAAGACGCACUGCCCAAAAUGGAUCAGGCCCUUGGUACACCGAGGUUCAGACAAAGACAGUUCAGACAGGUCUCGCCCAGCCUUACACGCAAGUUGGGGAUGACGAGGAGAACAAGAGACAGGAAGAAUUUUAAGGACGUUGAAAACCCAGAAGAGAGAGCAAGAUUACACAAGGAACACGAGCUCAAACCUUUGUACAAGGAGCUUUUGUACACCAUCAUUCAUAAGUUGGGGAAGGUGACAUCGGAGGAGGCCUUUAGCGAUGACCAGCUCCACCUCUACAUCCAAGAGACUUUCACCAUGACAGAGUCGGAGCACAAAGCUCUGAUGCAAGAAGUUCAGAGGACAGAGCCGCCCGUGUACUGUCUGAUGGCCACGGUGAAGGAAGCCAAAGGAAUCCUGGGAAAAGACAUCAGUGGUUUCAGUGACCCGUACUGCCUGCUGACUAUCCUGGAGGAUGAGACGGAGAGUCGGACACGGAGGUCCAGACCCAAACCUCGUAAAUCUGUAGUUAAGGACGCUGUGUCAGGUGACAAAAUCUGCCAAACAGACAUAAAGAAGCAGACCCUGAACCCCGUGUGGAACCAGACCUUCAUACUGGAGUUUGAGGAUACGGUGGGUGCCAGCUUCCACCUGGAGAUGUGGGACAAAGAUGAGGAGCUUUCACUUGCAGAGAAACUAGAGGAGUUCAAAUCCAACUUCCAGGGUUUCAGAAGGAUGAUUAAAGAUGCCAAGAAGGAGAAGGGUGAGGAUGACUUUUUGGGAAAUGUUGUCCUAAAGCUACAGGAUCUCAGCUAUACAGAUGAUAGGUGGUAUGAUCUUGAACCGAAAACAGAGACAUAUCCUGAUCGGGGGAAAUGCCACCUGAAUCUCAAGUUCAUCCACAAAGAGAGAGAUGAUACGCUGAGUGCUGGUCAAAGUGACUAUGUCAACUACUGUGGGAUCCUGCAGCAGUUUGUCCAGUCUUACAUCUCCAAGCAACAGGACAGUGUACCAUGGAAAGGGGAGUUUUGUGGUGAGGGGGAGACCCUCCUUAAGCUGUAUGCCACUCAGAACAACCUCUCGCCCUUCCUUCAGGACCUGGCGAAAUGGGUGGCUUACAGUAAACUGUACCAGAGUUUGGAGGUGGACUCCUCAGUGCUGUUCCAGCAGCUCACCAGUAUCGAGUAUCACUGGCACCAACAAGAGCUGCCUUACCAACAGAAACAGGAACUUGGGGACUCUUUACAUGACUUCUUGCAAUAUGGCCUGCAUCUGGUGUCCAAAUACAGAGACAUCUUUCCCCCAACUCAGAACGCGACUCCUAAACUACACACGCUGCUCAGAGUCCUGGUUCAGAUCUGUAAGACACAGGCGUUUCAGAAAAUGAACCCAGCUCAGUUUGAGCUGCAAGAGGAGAUCACCGACACCGUGCAGGUGGGCACACAGGAAUGGUUUGCCAUCAAAAAAGGCUUGCAUCAGCCAAUGACUAAGGAACUGUCCGAGAUUGUGAGCGCCCUCUCCAGGCUUAUUGGGGAAGUUCAGGAUGACAUCAAAAACAGCAAAGAUGUGUGGAACAGGGUCUUUGUGAGUGCUGUGCAACUGGAUGUGUUCACUGUAAUCUAUGAGAAUCUGGACUCCUUGCUAGCCCAGGAGGUGAGAGACACCUGGUACCUGAUGAAGGGACAGAUAGAUCAGGAUAUAGCCAACAGCCUGUUCCCCCUUUAUCUGAGCCUCCAUGCCAUCUACAAAGACAAAGCCUUCUUACAGAAGAGGGGUAAGUUACUGGAGCUAACAAACUUUCACGAGGGAUUCCGUGAGGCUCUUCCUUAUUGGCUCAACCAGGUUUUCAGCACCACCCAGGACAGGGUGGAGAGGGCUGUACAGGUAGACCAGCUCCAGCCCCUGCAGUCUGGUGCAGUGCCUGUAAAGCACAGCUCCUCAGCUGUGGACCUGGUGGCAUGCAUCCAACCCAUCUGCCAACUGUGGGAGCAGCUCUCCUGGCCUGACCCUGAGGAGGCAUUUAUGCUCAUGGUUAAGAUCACAGAGGACGUGUGUAAGAUUGUGAUGACCUACUGUCAAAGUCUAAAGGCGAGGGUCAGGUUGCUGUCUGACAAUGCUGUGCACGGCUGCCCCAUCAAAAUGCUGUGUGUGGUGGUGAAUGACUUGGAGUAUUUACGGUCAGUUCUGACCCGUCUUCCUGCUCAGCUUAACUGGGCGGGGCUUCAGGAGCGGACCCAGCAAGUGAUAAGGGAGAUCCAGUUCUCCAACACGUUGCCCUUCCAGCUUGAGCAAGCCCAGCAGAGCCUCAGUCGGGAAAUACGCUCUGCUCUAGACACCCUGGGGAAACAGCUCGAAACAGACAUCGAAACCCACAUAAAAAGUCUGUCAACUAGGCGCAGGUUACCCUCCAAGUCUCCAGAGGAGGCCGUGGUCCCUCUGAUGCGCUAUCUGGAGAAAGAGCUUCAGUAUAUGAAUGAAAACCUGGUUCACGGGAACUUUCAUAGUCUGCUCACCCCUCUGUGGGUGAACUCAGUGAAGAUCGUCUACCAGGUGGCCACUAUGCCUUCGAAGCCAGAAGGAUUCGUUGCAUUUUUUCAAAGGCUGCAGUACACGCUCCAGUGCCUCGAGCAGUGUUUCCACGCUGAAGGAAAUGGACUCCCAUUAGAAACGCUACACUCUGCCGGCUAUAAAAUUCUGAAAGCUCACCUGACACACAACUCUCUCAGCAGUCAGCAGCUGGUGGAGAAAUACCUGGAGGGAAAAGUAUGGGAGCAGAAAGUGUACAGCAGAGAGAAGUAUGGAGCUGUCACACUCCUUACAUCGUACAGGAGGUCAGACAGCAGACUGCGAGUUGAGGUGCUGAAUGCAGCCAACCUCCUACCAAUGGACUCUAAUGGCGCCAGCGAUCCUUUUGUGCAGCUGUGUCUGGAGCCUCGCCACAUCUUUCCAGAGGUGGAGCCUCGCUGUACCCAAAUCAAGAAUUGUGACCUCAACCCUCUGUUCGACGAGGCCUUUGAAUUCCUGGUUUCAUUGGAGCAGUGCCAGGCUCCAGGAGCUUGCUUGGUGGUGACAGUCCUGGACCACGACACCCUGAUGACAGAUGAUUUCGAGGGCGAGGCUUUCCUGGCUCUGAAGGCCAUUCCAGGGAUUGGUGGAGUGGAUGGAGACACCUUCCAAGUAGACGCUACCCCUGCUCAGAUACGCCUGCCUCUUAUGCAUCCCAAGCCAAAUGAUGACAGCACUCUGAAGCUACUGGAGUCCAGAAGGGAAGAGAGGGACACACAGGCAUUCGUGAAGAAGCGCCGACAGAGAGAGCGACAGUCCCAGGAGAAGAUUCAACCUCAAUAAAGACACACAUGCAUGCACACGAC